AUGCGCCGCACACUCUACUUCCACUCAAGCUCGGCUUUCCAGUCUCCUCGUCGAGGUCCGUUCGGUGGAGGCCACGGACACGGUCACGGUCACGGAGGAGGGUUUGGUCAUGGCCAUGGUCAUGGUCAUGGUCAUGGACAUGGACAUGGAGGAGGAUUCGGUCACGGACAUGGCCAUCAUGGCGGAUUUGGCCAUGGACAUGGUCACGGACAUCACCACUUCGGAAAAUAA